AUGGAUUUAUCAUCAUACUACGCAUACGAAAAUAUUGUCCCAUCAUUCAGAUUGGAUGGGAGAUUGGCCAUCUUGACUGGUGGUUCCGGUGGAUUGGCCGCUAUUGUCGCUAGAGCUUUGUUAGCACAAGGUGCCGAUAUUGCUCUUAUUGAUGUCAAUUUGGAAAGAACCCAACAAGCAGCUAAGGAGAUUUUGCUUUGGGGAGAAGAACAAAUGAAGGGUAAAAAUGAAUCUCCUAUUGGUCAAGUUUCUGCUUGGUCAUGUAACAUUGGUGAUGCUGAAUCAGUUGAAUUGACUUUUAAGGCCAUCAAUGAACAUCACGGCAAGAUUUCCGAUUUAUUGAUUAAUUCAGCUGGAUAUGCUGAAAAUUUCCCUGCUGAAGAAUACCCAGCCAAGAAUGCUGAAUCGAUAAUGAAGGUUAAUGGAUUGGGUGCUUUCUACGUUUCACAAUCAUUUGCCAGACCUUUGAUUGCUGCCAACAAGAAGGGUUCUAUUAUUCUUGUGGGAUCGAUGUCGGGUACAAUUGUCAAUGAUCCUCAACCACAAUGUAUGUACAAUAUGUCAAAAGCUGGUGUCAUACAUCUAGUUCGUUCCUUGGCUUGUGAAUGGGCUAAAUACAAUAUCAGAGUCAACACCUUGAGUCCCGGUUACAUCUUGACUCCAUUGACGAGGAAUGUCAUUGCUGGUCAUGCCGAUAUGAAGGCUGAAUGGGAGAGCAAGAUUCCAAUGAAGCGUAUGGCUGAGCCAAAAGAAUUCGUUGGAUCAAUCUUGUACUUGGCCUCCGAUUCCGCAUCAUCGUAUACUACCGGUCACAAUCUAGUGGUAGAUGGUGGAUACGAAUGUUGGUAA